AUGAAAGGUAAAUACAAAGGAUGUUUGGUUGCUGCAAGUGGUCAAGAUGGGAAUAUGCAGAUCUUCCCCCUCGCUUUUGGAGUAGUCGAAGUGGAGAAUGAUAGUGGUUGGGUAUGGUUUUUUAAACAUUUACAACAGUUUGUUCCUGACGAAGAAGAUUUGGUAUUUGUAUCAGACAGACAUGCAUCCUUUUACUCUGCACUCGGCAAGGUUUAUCCACUAGCGCACCAUGUCGCAUGUGCAGUCCACCUGUUUAGGAAUGUGAAGCAUAAAUUUAAAUGCGGUGGACUUGCUAGCAUGGUUUCAAAAGCUGCAAGGGCAUACACAAUAGGUGAUUUUGAGUACUGGUGGAAAGAAAUUGAGAAUCGGAAGCCAGCUUGUGCGAUCUAUCUUAGAGAAAUUGGUUUGUCUCAUUGGACUCUUUUUCACUUCUUUGGAAAUCGGUACAAUGUUAUGAGUAGCAACAUCUCUGAGUCCCUGAAUGCAGCAAUGGUUAGGGCGGUGGAUUACCCUAUUGUUUCGAUGGUAGAAUUCAUAAGGGCUAUGUUGAUGAGGUGGUUUUGGUGUAGGAGGACAAAAGCACUGGAUUUUGAGAAUAAAACAUAUACCUUCAGACGGUUUGACGUGCUCAAGAUUCCUUGUUGUCACGCUUUGGCAGCCUCACAAGUUCGGGGAGUUGAUAAGUACACGUUGGUUGAUGAAAUUUAUUUUGUAGGUCCGUGGACCAACAAGUACAAGGGUAUAAUUAUGCCAGUCCCUAAUGAGAAAGACAUGGUUGUCCCAGAAACAUGUACGGAGGUUGAUGUGAAUCCACCAAACACAAAAAGAGGUGGUGGAAGACCACGUAAAAAAAGGAUACCAUCUCAGGGGGAAGGGCAUCACGGCAAGCAAAAAGGAGGAAAGCAGAAGAAAAUCCGCAAAUGUGGUAGAUGUUUCAAAGUUGGCCACAACAGGAAGACAUGCUCCACUCUUAUAUGA